UACCAGCCCGCUGGAAUCCGGCCGCGCGUGACCACCACCAUGUGGGAGGACGAGAAGACCUUGUGCUACCAAGUGGAUGCAAACAACGUGAGUGUUGUUCGCCGUGCGGACAACAACAUGAUCAACGGCACCAAGCUUUUGAACGUGGCGCAAAUGACCCGUGGACGCCGUGACGGCAUCUUGAAGCUGGAGAAGAUCCGUCACGUGGUGAAGAUUGGCUCCAUGCACUUGAAGGGCGUGUGGAUCCCAUUCGACCGUGCGCUUGCCAUGGCUCAGCGUGAGCGUAUUGUGGACUUAUUGUAUCCGUUGUUCGUACGUGACAUCAAGAAAGUCAUC